AUGUACUUCUUCCUGGGGAACCUCUCCUUCCUGGACAUCUGCUACACCACGUCCUCAGUCCCCCUCAUUCUCGACAGCUUCCUUACUCCCGGGAAAACCAUCUCCUUCUCAGCCUGUGCUGUGCAGAUGUUUCUCUCCUUUGCAAUGGGAGCCACAGAGUGUGUGCUCCUGAGCAUGAUGGCGUUUGAUCGCUACGUGGCCAUCUGCAACCCGCUUAGAUACCCUGUGGUCAUGAGCAAGGCUGCCUAUGUGCCCAUGGCUGCCAGCUCCUGGGCAGGUGGUAUCACCAAUUCUGUAGCGCAGACAUCCUUGGCAAUGCGGCUGCCCUUCUGUGGGGACAAUGUUAUCAAUCACUUCAGCUGUGAGAUCCUGGCAGUCCUGAAACUGGCCUGUGCUGACAUCUCCAUCAAUGUCAUCAGCAUGGCUGUGGCCAACAUGAUCUUCCUGGGAAUCCCAGUCCUCUUCAUCUUUGUCUCCUAUGUCUUCAUCCUUGCCACAAUCCUGAGAAUCCCCUCCACUGAGGGGAGGAAGAAGGCCUUCUCCACCUGCUCU